CAAAUUAUACUUUUCCUCACAUAACACAAUUCCCUUCAUUAUUUCCCAUUCUCUAUCUUUCUCUUUCUUUAAUCUUAAAUUUCUACAUUUUCUUUCUUCUUUCACAUGGAUAUCAUCAUACCUCCCUGCAAUCAUACAUCUCACUUGUCCGUCAUACUUCUUUGGGAGACUGAAGAGAGUCGUUGUGAAGAAUGUGGAGGGGAAAUCUCUGGUACUGCCUUUACUUGUAAUUAUUGCAAGGUUUGGAAGCACAUUUCAUGUGCGGAUAAACUGAAUCGUGAUCCGCCUCUUGAGAUUAUUCACCCUCUCCACUUGCAACACCGACUUCAACUAGAAUGGAGUUAUCAUAGCGAUUUCAUUUGUGAUAAAUGUUUGUAUAUAUCUACUGGUUAUAUAUACAGAUGUUUUCCAUGUAAUCCCAUUCUUGAUCUCACAUGUGCUUCUUCGGUCAGUGGUCAGCUGCCUAAAGAUCAAGAGCCAUUGAGAUUUAAAGAUGGAAAGAAAAAGACAAUCUUCCACUACAGCCACAGUCACGAUCUGGAAUUCUUCAAAUAUAGGAAGGUACGCGAAGAAGACUAUGAUUGUUUUUGGUGUGAAAGACAUCUACUGCCAUCAGAAGUGUGCUAUGGUUGUACAGGAUGUAAGUUCUAUCUCCAUCAGGUGUGCAGUGAUAAGUUUCCCAGGACACUUUCUCAUUCUUUUCAUCCUAACCACCCUCUUCGCGUAGCCUAUACCUCCCCAUUUACUAACUGCAAUGGUUGUUUAAAGUUGUGUGAUACUGAUACCCCUUUGUAUGUGUGCGAGAUGUGCAACUUCAGACUUGAUUUUGACUGCGCUAAACUCUCGCCUUCCUUAAAACUUGACUGUCACCAUCACCUUCUCACUUUUUUCAAAGAUUUUAAUAACGGAGGUGUAUGGGAAUUUCCACGGCAAUAUCCAUAUUGCAAAGUAUGUGGCAAGCAUUGUGGUGUCGCUAGCAUUUAUCACUGUGUGUAAUGCGACUUUAAUCUCCAUUUGAAAUGUGUUGUACCAGCUUCAGCUACACAUAAAUAUCACAUACAUCCACUUACCAUGAUGGAAUUGAUUAAAGAAGAUGAUUCUGAAAAGUAUUAUUGUGAUGUUUGUGAGAAUGAAAGAAAUCCGAAAGAUCCCGUGUAUUAUUGUCAAAGUUGCACAUUCAUAGUUCAUAUUCAAUGUGUACUUGAUCAGGAUAAAGUUGCAUUGGGAAAGGUCCCAUCCUCCUCACCCCCGCCCAUGGAAAACAAAGCUUUGUUUGUGGAGCAGAAUGAAGGGAGUGAUGUCAUCCACACUCUGGUUUACAACUUUAUUAAAUGAAUAUGUUACAAUAUGUUUUUUUCUCUAAUGAUUUUAUUAAUAACUAAUCACUUGAAUAACUACACAAAAAACUUAACCCAA